AUGUACAAGGACUCGGCCAAAAAACAGCGUCGCCGUUAUUUGUCUCAUUUCGAGUUUCGCUCUCAAUUGGUCAACGAAAUGAUUGGAAAUUUCUGCAGCAGAAAACGCAUAGGCUAUAGUCCCGGAGCGGUAGUAGGCAGAAAAAACAUCAACCUACCGUCCAAAAUGCAAUUCGUUUGUCAAACGUCGGAGACCAUAUGCCCAAGCAGCAAGAGAAAUAUCGUAGAUGCGCGCACUGCAGUACGAAGGCGAAAGAAAAGAGAAGCAACAUAA